CGGCAUGAGCGGAUUAUAUGAACUCAGGGUCAUGCAUUGGUUGUAAAUAUACAGUUUUUAUGCAUACAAAUCGGGCAAAAUCAUUGCAACAAAAUGCAUCGUGUAUUUUCUUCGAAAAUAUGUGUGUCAGGGUUAUCGUUAGUAGUUGGCGUCGGAGUAGGAGCUGCUUGGAUGGGAUCAAACGCGAAAGAUGACAAGCGGCAUGUACUUCGGUCAAACCGAGGACUUCUGGAUCGGGUCCCUGUCAUACCUAUCCCCAGCGUUGAUGCUUCCGAACUGAUACCGCACCAGCCAGGUCAGGUAGCGAUGUCCAAAUCCACAGCAGCCAUGAAGUACGGGUUUCCCUCUCUGGCAAACAUUAAAACCAGGGAGUCUUACGUGACAUCCUACGACCCCAGAAAUAGAACGGCCUCGUGGGUUAUAGAGCAGAUGAGCCCUGAAACACUCUAUGGCCAGUCAGACCGUAAAUUCUGUGAGUUCAAAGAAGAUGAGUCGGUACAUGUUUACCACAGGGCGACUAACGCGGACUACAAAGGGACCGGUUUUGACAGAGGACACCUGGCAGCCGCUGCCAAUCACAAAUGGAGCCAGAAAGCAAUGGAUGACACCUUCUACCUCAGCAACGUGGCACCUCAGAAUCCUCAUAUGAACCAGAAUGCUUGGAACAACUUGGAGAAAUACUGUCGCUCCCUCUCAAAGCAUUAUGUGAAUGUCUUUGUGUGCACGGGACCACUCUACCUGCCAAGGCCAGAGCCGGACGGGAAGAUGUACGUGAAGUACCAGGUGGUGGGCAAGAAUAACGUCGCCGUGCCGACGCACUUCUUCAAGGUGCUGAUCCUGGAGAAGCCGCGGGGCGAGGUGGAGCUGCGCUCCUACGUCAUGCCCAACAUGCCCAUAGAUGAGAAGAUCCCCCUGGAGCGCUUCCUGGUGCCCAUCGAGAGCAUCGAGAGGGCGUCGGGGCUGCUGUUCGUGCCCAACAUCAUGAAGAGAACCAGCGCCCUCAAGGCCAUCACCAUGGGCGCCUAAUGAACAGAUUAGUAGUUUUUAGAAGGAGACACGGACGCGCACCAGUGGGGUUUUGUAAUGUGCUGGUCACAGGAUACAUGCUUGUAGAUCGUUUGAGAGAGGUACAACCAGUGGCAUCAUAAACAAGGUGUGUGCUGCCUCUUUCAGUUUGUUUACGAACUAAUGAGCAUAACUGACAUGCUGUAGCUCAAUAUCAUGUCAUCAUUCGAACUAACACCCUGCUGUUUUGUGCUCUACCUACACCAUGACGAGAACCAGUACCCUCCAAGCCAAUAAUCAUGGCCUUCUCAUGAUGAGAACCAACACCCUACAGGUAAAUAACCACGGAUGUCUUAGAAAAUGAACCAGUGCUCUGAAAGGCAUGAGCCACCAUGGGGCCUGCAUGGAGGACAGACCUAAGGAGAAAAGUACACCACUCACUGACUAGUACCUCAACUGAACAUGUCACAGUUGUGGCGCACACAGACCUGUUUGCUCAUAUUUUAAUUUAUUUGACUAAUGUUUUAGCUUUGGUUUGCACUGUACUCCUGAAAGAUCCCUAGUGACCAUGAAUCUAUGACUAUUCUGUUUUUCAAAUCAAGAGUAAUAAGAAUACUGUGUGCUGCCCAUUUGAAAACACCAUGUUACACCUUACCAAAAUAUUCUCAAUGCCCCUUGAGAAGACAAAAAGUUCUGAUGAUGUUUCUAGCUUCCAUCAAUCCAUAGUCUGUCGUAAAGGUCGUAGAGGGUGUUUGCAAAAAUGCGACUUUUAGAGUCUUGUGAACACUUCUGUGACAGUAACUGCAACUGGUCUACGUUCUGUAUGUCUGAAACUGUGCAGUGCACACAGUCAUCGCGUUUGACAGCAUUGCCAUUUAAUCAGCUCUGUUGUGUUCUGAGUUUGAAUGUUCACAAAGUGUUCCUAUCCGUGCUAAAGUAAUUCUGAGGAUUUAUGUUACAAGUUUGAAUCCUCCAAGAAAAUCGUACCCGAGCAUCACUGAGCUCCCUGACAGGAUUGUGACAUCCAUAAUAUGCACUGAUGCAUUUGCUGACAACUCUCAAUUCACCACAGAAAAAUAAAACUACACUGGCAGAUGAUGGACUCUAACCUGA